CCAAGUCAUUUGUUAGAACCAUUUUCGAACACUUAUUUUCAUUCCCAAACAAUCAAUCACAAAUAACAUUAACAUCAUGAAGAAGAAACCAGUGUUCCCCUUUUUUCUCCUUAUCAUCUCCUUCUCUUUGCACACCUACCAUCCACUUUCUGCUUUGACCAUCAUCUCACCAACCCAAUCUCUCUCUGGUGAUCAAACUCUUGUUUCCAAAGAUGGCAUCUUUGAAUUGGGUUUCUUUAAUAUAGGUAAUUCCUCUAACUAUUACAUAGGCAUGUGGUACAAAAAGAUAUCUAUAAGGACAUAUGUUUGGAUAGCAAAUAGAGAUGACCCAGUUUCUGAUAAAAGUGCUUCCAAGUUAGCUAUUUCUGAUGGUAAUUUAGUUCUCUUGGAUCAGUCUCAAACUCUAGUUUGGUCAACAAAUUUGAGUUCUACUGGUUCAAAUUCUGUACUUGCUGUCCUUUUAGAUACAGGUAAUCUUAUAUUGAGUAACAGUCCUAAUGCAUCAGAAUCAGAAGCUUUGUGGCAUAGUUUUGAUUUUCCAACAGAUACAUGGCUUCCUGGUGGCAAACUUAAACUUGAUAAGAUAACAAACAAGACUCAGCAUCUUACUGCAUGGAAGAACAGCAAAGAUCCAUCAACUGGUUUGUUCUCUCUUGAACUAGAUCCUAAUGGAACCAACUCAUAUUUGAGUUUUUGGAAUAACACUCAACAGUAUUGGACAAGUGGUUCUUGGAAUGGCCAAAUAUUCCCCAUGGUUCCUAUAAUGUGGUCAAACAACAUCUUCAAUUUCUCCUUUGUGUCGAACGAAAACGAGAGCUAUUUUACCUUCUCUUUACAGAAUAAUUCUACUAUAUCCCGUUUCGUGAUGGAUGUGUCGGGGCAGAUCAAGCAGUUUACUUGGCUCGAAAGUACUCAGCAAUGGAAUUUGUUUUGGUCACAGCCAAGAGGGCAGUGUCAGGUUUAUGCUUUCUGUGGUGCAUUUGGUAGCUGCAAUGAGAUAUCAAAGCCAUACUGCAAUUGUUUGAAUGGUUAUCAACCAAAGUCACAAUCUGAUUGGGAUCUUGGUGAUUACUCGCAUGGCUGUGUGAAAACAAACAAAUUUCAAUGUGAGCUAUCUUCUGAUCCUUCUAUUGGGACCAAAGAUAGGUUCUUAAUCAAAUCGAAUUUGGCUUUGCCUGAACGUGCACAUCCUGUUGUGGAAUCUGGUUUGAAAGAUGAAUGCGAGUCAACGUGUUUGAGCAACUGUUCCUGCACUGCAUAUGUUUAUAACAGUAGCGGUUGCUUCAUUUGGAGAGGAAAACUCUUAAAUCUGCAACAGCUUUCUGAAGAUGACAGAAAUGGACAAACAUUGUUUCUAAAACUUGCAGCAUCUGAGUUUCAUGAUUCGAAAAGUAAUAAAGGAACUACCAUUAGUAUUGUUGGUUCUGCUGUUGGUGGUAUAGUGAUUCUCCUUGUUCUUGUUCUAAUUCUCGUGAUUAGGCGAAGAAAGAUACUAGCUGGAGCAAGAACUUCAGUUGAGGGUUCAUUGAUAGCAUUUGCAUACAGAGAUUUGCAAAAUGCAACGAAUAAUUUCUCUGAGAAGCUCGGAAGGGGAGGUUUUGGUUCUGUCUUCAAAGGAAUAUUACCAUAUUCUAAUUUUAUAGCAGUGAAGAAACUCGAAAGCAUUAGCCAAGGCGAAAAGCAGUUUCGAACAGAAGUGUGUACUAUUGGGAUUGUUCAGCAUGUCAAUCUUGUUAGGCUUCGUGGUUUCUGUUCUGAAGGCGACAAAAGGCUUCUGGUGUAUGAUUACAUGCCGAACGGGUCUUUGGAUUCAAAUCUGUUUAAGAACUCCAAGGUGUUGAAUUGGAAAGUAAGAUUCCAAAUUGCUCUUGGAAUAGCUAAAGGACUGACAUAUCUUCAUGAACAGUGUAGAGAGUGUAUCAUUCACUGCGACGUGAAGCCAGAAAACAUUCUCAUAGACUCUGAAUUCUGUCCAAAGAUUGCAGACUUCGGCCUUGCAAAACUUGUUGGAAGGGACUUCAGCAGGGUCCUAACUACCAUCAGAGGAACAUUAGGCUAUUUAGCUCCAGAAUGGAUUUCUGGAGUGGCUAUAACUGCUAAAGCCGAUAUUUACAGCUACGGAAAGGUGCUUUUUGAGCUUGUGUCGGGUAGAAGAAACUCGGAUCCUUCUGAAGAUGGCCAAAUUAGUUUCUUUCCUACAUUGGCAGCAAACAUGUUACACCAAGGUGGGAAUGUGAUUAGCCUAUUGGACUCAAGAUUGGAGGGUGAUGGUGAUGUUGAGGAGAUCACUAGAGUCAUAAAAGUUGCUUCUUGGUGUGUUCAAGAUGAUGAAACUCAUAGGCCAUCCAUGAGUCAAGUAGUUCAAAUACUUGAAGGGGUGUUAGAUGUUGCUUUGCCUCCUAUUCCUAGAUCACUUCAAGUUUUUUUUGAUGACCAUGAGGACAUUGUUUACUUCUCUAAAUCAAACUCCACUUGUAGCACAUACCAGGACACGUUUUAGGGGUUUCUCUCAAUUGCUUGCGUUACAAUAGUAUAGGGCAAGCAACAAAAGAAAGAUUUGGAAAUAUUGAUCCAGGAAUUAUCGUCCUCAGAGAUGGAGAGAUGCCAUUCAACAGUUUCUACGGUUUCGAGCUCGGGAUUGAAUGAGUAAAAAGUAAACAAAGAUAUAGACAGGUAAGAAUAAACACAUUCUUAGAAGAGAAAUAACUUAUCAGGAAUGUAAAUAUAUUCACUCUUCACAAACAUACACUUACCAACCCAUUAUACUCAACCUACGAUAUUCAUCUAUGUCAUCACGUAUCUCUCACAUAAGCGUCCAUCUCUGGAGCACAAACGAGAUCAUCUCACAACUAAGGUUAUCUCUAACGCGAAGUCGCGAGAACAUCCGUAUUCUCGCGUCGGCGAUCUCUCGCGCGCCGCUCAAACACGAAAGCAUUAAGAACAGAUACACACAGUGAAUGCUAGCUCUAAAUCUAUCUCUAGAGUUCAGAACCAACAGAUAAUCAUCCUAGAUAAGGAUUCAAGAAGUUUAUCUCUAAAGCACCCCAAAUCCCCAGCAUAGAGCAAAAAUCCAGGAUAACAUCAACACAGAUUUGUAAAGCAAGUUAAAUAUAACAUUAUAAUCGGUAAAUAUACAUAAGAUUCAAGUAAAUAUACAAACAAAACCCAACCAAAGAGAAAUACACAAAGAAGAAGAGAAAUGAACCGAAAAUCUCCCGGUUUGUCAGCUCCGUUGGACGCUCAAUCCACCCCCGAUCAUCCUUAUGCAACCUCCGAAGUUGUUUUCUAAGCUAAUUUUGAUCUAAGAAUGAAGUUGAUGGUGUUGGGACUCAAAAAUACCCAACCCAUAACCUAAAAAUGUGAUUUUGGCCCCUUUUAACGAGCUGCUGUCUUAGCAGGUCCGCUUAGCGGACCCCCUCCGCUCAGCGGACUCAAAAUUGCUUCCAGACGCUGAUUUGCUCCGCUGGAGCUCCGCUCAGCGGACCCCCUCCGCUUAGCGGAGUCUGCUAAAAAUCAGAUUUUGUUUUCGCCAUAACUCGAGAACCGUAACUCCGAAUUGCGCCCGGUUCGAAGCGUUGGAAAGCUUAUUCAAUGCUCUAUCCAAUAAUUAAUGAAUGGAAACCAAAAUGAUGAUUUUGGUCAUCCUUAUUUUGAGUCUUUGGAAGUCCGCUUGACGGUGGCUAAGCGGGCUUUCACCAAAAUUGCAAAAUCGAAGCCGUGCCUUUGACACUUUAUUCCUCAAGGCUCCAAUAAGCAUGAAUACCUAUAAAAACAAAGGAAAAACUAUCAAAUGGUAUAAAAGUACAUGAAAAUACAAUUAUUCACAAAGUAUACGUAUUUAUACACAAAACGGGAAAUUAUUCAAGCGGUGUUAACAAAAGUAUCGAUAAGUGCCACUAUUUACAUACACAAAAUAAGUACAUUUUGGCACUUAUCAAACUCUCCCCAAAUUGAAAUUUUGUUUGUCCUCAAACAAUGUCAAAUAAAUCAAAGAAUCAAAAGUAAUAAACCAAGGAAUUGUGAAUCAACAAGUUUUGAAAAACAAAAACAAAUGUAUGGUUCAACACAAAAACGUAUAAACAAAGUAAGUACUUACCACUAUCCUACAACGACAACAUGUAAACGAAACAAAUCCUAAGUACAAAAAGCAUACAAAACAUUCUAAAACAAUACAAGCUCACAUCAUGAAUCACACCUAGCAAAAAUUCAUCAAUGGAUGAAGAACACACAAAGGUGAAGGACUCUUAACACUCAUCCAACAAUCUUGCAAACAAAAGAUUAAAUUAUGCAUUCAUCCAAAAAUCACAUUGAAGAUACAAAAGCAAGAAUCACAAGGACUUUUCAAGGUUGUAAUGUGGCUUGGUUAACAAACAAGGGAUAUGUCCUAAGGCUAAUCGAAACAAAAACUUGCCUAAACCUAAGGGAGUGAUCAAUCCACAAAGUUCUAAGCAACAAAAUCUCGAUUAAACUUCUUCCUUAACCACAAGUUUCUCAAACCAAUCACAAUACUUAUUAGCACAAUUAUUCGCUUCUCUUUUCUUUUUGUUUUUCAAAACUUUUUCUCUUUUUUUCUUUCUUUUCUUUUCACAUUUUUUUUUCUUUUUUUUCUUUCUUUUCAACCUCAUAGCAACAACCACAUAAGUAGCAACCAUUUCUCUCCCCAACUUGAAUUCAACCACACCAUCAUAUGAAUACUCCCUACUUUCUAAGGCAAGGUAAAAAUUCAUACCAAAAAUCAUGGUUGAGGGUUCAAGAAAACAAAGAAUCAAUCAUCCAUGCAAAAAUGAGAACUAAACACUCAAAGAUAAGUAUUUAGCAAAAACAACAUGGACAUUGACAAAAAGCUCAAAAGGGUUAACAAAUGAUCACACACUCACAAGGUGAAUUGACUAUUUGGUUAUGGUGGUUGUGCUCAAAAUGAAACAAAAUGCCUUGAUCCUUUUCAUGCUUUCAUAAAAUCAACAUAAACAAAAGAUUAAGCAUAAUAAAAUCCAGUUAAAACAAAGAUUGUGGCCUCCAGCAUAUGUAAAUAAUGGAAAGCUUCCUCACAUUUAUGGUUUGGGAACUAAAGUGAUUCAAUCAAUAAGCAAGUAAUGCAAAAGAAUGAAUGGCAUGGUAAUUGUACAAAUGAAAAGUUUCUUAAACAUGUUAUGCUAUAGAAAGCGAUAAAUGAGUACCUUGAAUGAUACAACUUCAAAAACAAUAUCCUACCAUACAUCCGCAAGUUGAAACACUCAAGCUUUGGAAAAUCACCUCAAAAAUCUUCGAAUCACCGAACAAAAUUCGAGUACAAACAACCAAUAAAAGAAUUAGAAAAACAAAACCAAUAUAUACUACUAAUUAGCCUUGGUGAAAGUGGGAAAAAUGAGUGAACCAGGUGGAAUAGGAACCCCACUGGUACAAAGCAAGAAAUCAGAAUUUUACUGUCAUCGCUUAGCGGAUGACAGAAAACCAGAAAAAUCAGAUCAGUAACAUGUGUUCAGCUUGCUUCCACUUCACCUAAAUACCUCAUAAACAUAAAAAUAACAAAAACUUAACAACCGUUGGGGUGCCUCCCAACAAGCGCUUGUUUUACGUCGUUAGCUCGACGCCUUUAUUGUUUAGGUGUUUGGAAAGUAGCUUCCUCCAAUCAUGCCAUGGUAACGUCUCACCGCACAAGCCUAAAGAAAGUGUCCUAACCAACCACUCAACAAACGUUACGGGUACAAAUAUAUACAACAAUUAUAUGAACAUAAAAGAAAACACAAGUAUACAAAUAUGUACACAAACAAACACAUAUAUACAAGUAUGGAACAAAUACACUAUUAUCAUACAAAAAGAGAAAAUUGGUGAAUGUUGGAUUCAUAAGUUGAAAAGUGAAGAUUUGUAGUUAAACAGCUAAUUCGAGUUCAACUUGUUUCACAAACAUUCAUCAAACAAAAGUAUAAUUAUAUGUAAUUAUAGACAAGUAAACUAUAUGGUGAACAUAGACAGGUAAACAUGUACAUGUGAAAACAUACAAUUGUAAACAUAUACAAUAUAUACGCUAUAUAUAAAGCUCAAAACCACGAAAACUAUUGCGAUGCAAUUCACAACCAUCCCCGGCAACGGCGCCAUUUUGUUGAAUGCAGUAUAGGGCAAGCAACAAAAGAAAGAUUUGGAAAUAUUGAUCCAGGAAUUAUCGUCCUCAGAGAUGGAGAGAUGCCAUUCAACAGUUUCUACGGUUUCGAGCUCGGGAUUGAAUGAGUAAAAAGUAAACAAAGAUAUAGACAGGUAAGAAUAAACACAUUCUUAGAAGAGAAAUAACUUAUCAGGAAUGUAAAUAUAUUCACUCUUCACAAACAUACACUUACCAACCCAUUAUACUCAACCUACGAUAUUCAUCUAUGUCAUCACGUAUCUCUCACAUAAGCGUCCAUCUCUGGAGCACAAACGAGAUCAUCUCACAACUAAGGUUAUCUCUAACGCGAAGUCGCGAGAACAUCCGUAUUCUCGCGUCGGCGAUCUCUCGCGCGCCGCUCAAACACGAAAGCAUUAAGAACAGAUACACACAGUGAAUGCUAGCUCUAAAUCUAUCUCUAGAGUUCAGAACCAACAGAUAAUCAUCCUAGAUAAGGAUUCAAGAAGUUUAUCUCUAAAGCACCCCAAAUCCCCAGCAUAGAGCAAAAAUCCAGGAUAACAUCAACACAGAUUUGUAAAGCAAGUUAAAUAUAACAUUAUAAUCGGUAAAUAUACAUAAGAUUCAAGUAAAUAUACAAACAAAACCCAACCAAAGAGAAAUACACAAAGAAGAAGAGAAAUGAACCGAAAAUCUCCCGGUUUGUCAGCUCCGUUGGACGCUCAAUCCACCCCCGAUCAUCCUUAUGCAACCUCCGAAGUUGUUUUCUAAGCUAAUUUUGAUCUAAGAAUGAAGUUGAUGGUGUUGGGACUCAAAAAUACCCAACCCAUAACCUAAAAAUGUGAUUUUGGCCCCUUUUAACGAGCUGCUGUCUUAGCAGGUCCGCUUAGCGGACCCCCUCCGCUCAGCGGACUCAAAAUUGCUUCCAGACGCUGAUUUGCUCCGCUGGAGCUCCGCUCAGUGGACCCCCUCCGCUUAGCGGAGUCUGCUAAAAAUCAGAUUUUGUUUUCGCCAUAACUCGAGAACCGUAACUCCGAAUUGCGCCCGGUUCGAAGCGUUGGAAAGCUUAUUCAAUGCUCUAUCCAAUAAUUAAUGAAUGGAAACCAAAAUGAUGAUUUUGGUCAUCCUUAUUUUGAGUCUUUGGAAGUCCGCUUGACGGUGGCUAAGCGGGCUUUCACCAAAAUUGCAAAAUCGAAGCCGUGCCUUUGACACUUUAUUCCUCAAGGCUCCAAUAAGCAUGAAUACCUAUAAAAACAAAGGAAAAACUAUCAAAUGGUAUAAAAGUACAUGAAAAUACAAUUAUUCACAAAGUAUACGUAUUUAUACACAAAACGGGAAAUUAUUCAAGCGGUGUUAACAAAAGUAUCGAUAAGUGCCACUAUUUACAUACACAAAAUAAGUACAUUUUGGCACUUAUCAAACUCUCCCCAAAUUGAAAUUUUGUUUGUCCUCAAACAAUGUCAAAUAAAUCAAAGAAUCAAAAGUAAUAAACCAAGGAAUUGUGAAUCAACAAGUUUUGAAAAACAAAAACAAAUGUAUGGUUCAACACAAAAACGUAUAAACAAAGUAAGUACUUACCACUAUCCUACAACGACAACAUGUAAACGAAACAAAUCCUAAGUACAAAAAGCAUACAAAACAUUCUAAAACAAUACAAGCUCACAUCAUGAAUCACACCUAGCAAAAAUUCAUCAAUGGAUGAAGAACACACAAAGGUGAAGGACUCUUAACACUCAUCCAACAAUCUUGCAAACAAAAGAUUAAAUUAUGCAUUCAUCCAAAAAUCACAUUGAAGAUACAAAAGCAAGAAUCACAAGGACUUUUCAAGGUUGUAAUGUGGCUUGGUUAACAAACAAGGGAUAUGUCCUAAGGCUAAUCGAAACAAAAACUUGCCUAAACCUAAGGGAGUGAUCAAUCCACAAAGUUCUAAGCAACAAAAUCUCGAUUAAACUUCUUCCUUAACCACAAGUUUCUCAAACCAAUCACAAUACUUAUUAGCACAAUUAUUCGCUUCUCUUUUCUUUUUGUUUUUCAAAACUUUUUCUCUUUUUUUCUUUCUUUUCUUUUCACAUUUUUUUUCUUUUUUUUCUUUCUUUUCAACCUCAUAGCAACAACCACAUAAGUAGCAACCAUUUCUCUCCCCAACUUGAAUUCAACCACACCAUCAUAUGAAUACUCCCUACUUUCUAAGGCAAGGUAAAAAUUCAUACCAAAAAUCAUGGUUGAGGGUUCAAGAAAACAAAGAAUCAAUCAUCCAUGCAAAAAUGAGAACUAAACACUCAAAGAUAAGUAUUUAGCAAAAACAACAUGGACAUUGACAAAAAGCUCAAAAGGGUUAACAAAUGAUCACACACUCACAAGGUGAAUUGACUAUUUGGUUAUGGUGGUUGUGCUCAAAAUGAAACAAAAUGCCUUGAUCCUUUUCAUGCUUUCAUAAAAUCAACAUAAACAAAAGAUUAAGCAUAAUAAAAUCCAGUUAAAACAAAGAUUGUGGCCUCCAGCAUAUGUAAAUAAUGGAAAGCUUCCUCACAUUUAUGGUUUGGGAACUAAAGUGAUUCAAUCAAUAAGCAAGUAAUGCAAAAGAAUGAAUGGCAUGGUAAUUGUACAAAUGAAAAGUUUCUUAAACAUGUUAUGCUAUAGAAAGCGAUAAAUGAGUACCUUGAAUGAUACAACUUCAAAAACAAUAUCCUACCAUACAUCCGCAAGUUGAAACACUCAAGCUUUGGAAAAUCACCUCAAAAAUCUUCGAAUCACCGAACAAAAUUCGAGUACAAACAACCAAUAAAAGAAUUAGAAAAACAAAACCAAUAUAUACUACUAAUUAGCCUUGGUGAAAGUGGGAAAAAUGAGUGAACCAGGUGGAAUAGGAACCCCACUGGUACAAAGCAAGAAAUCAGAAUUUUACUGUCAUCGCUUAGCGGAUGACAGAAAACCAGAAAAAUCAGAUCAGUAACAUGUGUUCAGCUUGCUUCCACUUCACCUAAAUACCUCAUAAACAUAAAAAUAACAAAAACUUAACAACCGUUGGGGUGCCUCCCAACAAGCGCUUGUUUUACGUCGUUAGCUCGACGCCUUUAUUGUUUAGGUGUUUGGAAAGUAGCUUCCUCCAAUCAUGCCAUGGUAACGUCUCACCGCACAAGCCUAAAGAAAGUGUCAUAACCAACCACUCAACAAACGUUACGGGUACAAAUAUAUACAACAAUUAUAUGAACAUAAAAGAAAACACAAGUAUACAAAUAUGUACACAAACAAACACAUAUAUACAAGUAUGGAACAAAUACACUAUUAUCAUACAAAAAGAGAAAAUUGGUGAAUGUUGGAUUCAUAAGUUGAAAAGUGAAGAUUUGUAGUUAAACAGCUAAUUCGAGUUCAACUUGUUUCACAAACAUUCAUCAAACAAAAGUAUAAUUAUAUGUAAUUAUAGACAAGUAAACUAUAUGGUGAACAUAGACAGGUAAACAUGUACAUGUGAAAACAUACAAUUGUAAACAUAUACAAUAUAUACGCUAUAUAUAAAGCUCAAAACCACGAAAACUAUUGCGAUGCAAUUCACAACCAUCCCCGGCAACGGCGCCAUUUUGUUGAAUGCAGUAUAGGGCAAGCAACAAAAGAAAGAUUUGGAAAUAUUGAUCCAGGAAUUAUCGUCCUCAGAGAUGGAGAGAUGCCAUUCAACAGUUUCUACGGUUUCGAGCUCGGGAUUGAAUGAGUAAAAAGUAAACAAAGAUAUAGACAGGUAAGAAUAAACACAUUCUUAGAAGAGAAAUAACUUAUCAGGAAUGUAAAUAUAUUCACUCUUCACAAACAUACACUUACCAACCCAUUAUACUCAACCUACGAUAUUCAUCUAUGUCAUCACGUAUCUCUCACAUAAGCGUCCAUCUCUGGAGCACAAACGAGAUCAUCUCACAACUAAGGUUAUCUCUAACGCGAAGUCGCGAGAACAUCCGUAUUCUCGCGUCGGCGAUCUCUCGCGCGCCGCUCAAACACGAAAGCAUUAAGAACAGAUACACACAGUGAAUGCUAGCUCUAAAUCUAUCUCUAGAGUUCAGAACCAACAGAUAAUCAUCCUAGAUAAGGAUUCAAGAAGUUUAUCUCUAAAGCACCCCAAAUCCCCAGCAUAGAGCAAAAAUCCAGGAUAACAUCAACACAGAUUUGUAAAGCAAGUUAAAUAUAACAUUAUAAUCGGUAAAUAUACAUAAGAUUCAAGUAAAUAUACAAACAAAACCCAACCAAAGAGAAAUACACAAAGAAGAAGAGAAAUGAACCGAAAAUCUCCCGGUUUGUCAGCUCCGUUGGACGCUCAAUCCACCCCCGAUCAUCCUUAUGCAACCUCCGAAGUUGUUUUCUAAGCUAAUUUUGAUCUAAGAAUGAAGUUGAUGGUGUUGGGACUCAAAAAUACCCAACCCAUAACCUAAAAAUGUGAUUUUGGCCCCUUUUAACGAGCUGCUGUCUUAGCAGGUCCGCUUAGCGGACCCCCUCCGCUCAGCGGACUCAAAAUUGCUUCCAGACGCUGAUUUGCUCCGCUGGAGCUCCGCUCAGCGGACCCCCUCCGCUUAGCGGAGUCUGCUAAAAAUCAGAUUUUGUUUUCGCCAUAACUCGAGAACCGUAACUCCGAAUUGCGCCCGGUUCGAAGCGUUGGAAAGCUUAUUCAAUGCUCUAUCCAAUAAUUAAUGAAUGGAAACCAAAAUGAUGAUUUUGGUCAUCCUUAUUUUGAGUCUUUGGAAGUCCGCUUGACGGUGGCUAAGCGGGCUUUCACCAAAAUUGCAAAAUCGAAGCCGUGCCUUUGACACUUUAUUCCUCAAGGCUCCAAUAAGCAUGAAUACCUAUAAAAACAAAGGAAAAACUAUCAAAUGGUAUAAAAGUACAUGAAAAUACAAUUAUUCACAAAGUAUACGUAUUUAUACACAAAACGGGAAAUUAUUCAAGCGGUGUUAACAAAAGUAUCGAUAAGUGCCACUAUUUACAUACACAAAAUAAGUACAUUUUGGCACUUAUCAAACUCUCCCCAAAUUGAAAUUUUGUUUGUCCUCAAACAAUGUCAAAUAAAUCAAAGAAUCAAAAGUAAUAAACCAAGGAAUUGUGAAUCAACAAGUUUUGAAAAACAAAAACAAAUGUAUGGUUCAACACAAAAACGUAUAAACAAAGUAAGUACUUACCACUAUCCUACAACGACAACAUGUAAACGAAACAAAUCCUAAGUACAAAAAGCAUACAAAACAUUCUAAAACAAUACAAGCUCACAUCAUGAAUCACACCUAGCAAAAAUUCAUCAAUGGAUGAAGAACACACAAAGGUGAAGGACUCUUAACACUCAUCCAACAAUCUUGCAAACAAAAGAUUAAAUUAUGCAUUCAUCCAAAAAUCACAUUGAAGAUACAAAAGCAAGAAUCACAAGGACUUUUCAAGGUUGUAAUGUGGCUUGGUUAACAAACAAGGGAUAUGUCCUAAGGCUAAUCGAAACAAAAACUUGCCUAAACCUAAGGGAGUGAUCAAUCCACAAAGUUCUAAGCAACAAAAUCUCGAUUAAACUUCUUCCUUAACCACAAGUUUCUCAAACCAAUCACAAUACUUAUUAGCACAAUUAUUCGCUUCUCUUUUCUUUUUGUUUUUCAAAACUUUUUCUCUUUUUUUCUUUCUUUUCUUUUCACAUUUUUUUUUCUUUUUUUUCUUUCUUUUCAACCUCAUAGCAACAACCACAUAAGUAGCAACCAUUUCUCUCCCCAACUUGAAUUCAACCACACCAUCAUAUGAAUACUCCCUACUUUCUAAGGCAAGGUAAAAAUUCAUACCAAAAAUCAUGGUUGAGGGUUCAAGAAAACAAAGAAUCAAUCAUCCAUGCAAAAAUGAGAACUAAACACUCAAAGAUAAGUAUUUAGCAAAAACAACAUGGACAUUGACAAAAAGCUCAAAAGGGUUAACAAAUGAUCACACACUCACAAGGUGAAUUGACUAUUUGGUUAUGGUGGUUGUGCUCAAAAUGAAACAAAAUGCCUUGAUCCUUUUCAUGCUUUCAUAAAAUCAACAUAAACAAAAGAUUAAGCAUAAUAAAAUCCAGUUAAAACAAAGAUUGUGGCCUCCAGCAUAUGUAAAUAAUGGAAAGCUUCCUCACAUUUAUGGUUUGGGAACUAAAGUGAUUCAAUCAAUAAGCAAGUAAUGCAAAAGAAUGAAUGGCAUGGUAAUUGUACAAAUGAAAAGUUUCUUAAACAUGUUAUGCUAUAGAAAGCGAUAAAUGAGUACCUUGAAUGAUACAACUUCAAAAACAAUAUCCUACCAUACAUCCGCAAGUUGAAACACUCAAGCUUUGGAAAAUCACCUCAAAAAUCUUCGAAUCACCGAACAAAAUUCGAGUACAAACAACCAAUAAAAGAAUUAGAAAAACAAAACCAAUAUAUACUACUAAUUAGCCUUGGUGAAAGUGGGAAAAAUGAGUGAACCAGGUGGAAUAGGAACCCCACUGGUACAAAGCAAGAAAUCAGAAUUUUACUGUCAUCGCUUAGCGGAUGACAGAAAACCAGAAAAAUCAGAUCAGUAACAUGUGUUCAGCUUGCUUCCACUUCACCUAAAUACCUCAUAAACAUAAAAAUAACAAAAACUUAACAACCGUUGGGGUGCCUCCCAACAAGCGCUUGUUUUACGUCGUUAGCUCGACGCCUUUAUUGUUUAGGUGUUUGGAAAGUAGCUUCCUCCAAUCAUGCCAUGGUAACGUCUCACCGCACAAGCCUAAAGAAAGUGUCCUAACCAACCACUCAACAAACGUUACGGGUACAAAUAUAUACAACAAUUAUAUGAACAUAAAAGAAAACACAAGUAUACAAAUAUGUACACAAACAAACACAUAUAUACAAGUAUGGAACAAAUACACUAUUAUCAUACAAAAAGAGAAAAUUGGUGAAUGUUGGAUUCAUAAGUUGAAAAGUGAAGAUUUGUAGUUAAACAGCUAAUUCGAGUUCAACUUGUUUCACAAACAUUCAUCAAACAAAAGUAUAAUUAUAUGUAAUUAUAGACAAGUAAACUAUAUGGUGAACAUAGACAGGUAAACAUGUACAUGUGAAAACAUACAAUUGUAAACAUAUACAAUAUAUACGCUAUAUAUAAAGCUCAAAACCACGAAAACUAUUGCGAUGCAAUUCACAACCAUCCCCGGCAACGGCGCCAUUUUGUUGAAUGCAGUAUAGGGCAAGCAACAAAAGAAAGAUUUGGAAAUAUUGAUCCAGGAAUUAUCGUCCUCAGAGAUGGAGAGAUGCCAUUCAACAGUUUCUACGGUUUCGAGCUCGGGAUUGAAUGAGUAAAAAGUAAACAAAGAUAUAGACAGGUAAGAAUAAACACAUUCUUAGAAGAGAAAUAACUUAUCAGGAAUGUAAAUAUAUUCACUCUUCACAAACAUACACUUACCAACCCAUUAUACUCAACCUACGAUAUUCAUCUAUGUCAUCACGUAUCUCUCACAUAAGCGUCCAUCUCUGGAGCACAAACGAGAUCAUCUCACAACUAAGGUUAUCUCUAACGCGAAGUCGCGAGAACAUCCGUAUUCUCGCGUCGGCGAUCUCUCGCGCGCCGCUCAAACACGAAAGCAUUAAGAACAGAUACACACAGUGAAUGCUAGCUCUAAAUCUAUCUCUAGAGUUCAGAACCAACAGAUAAUCAUCCUAGAUAAGGAUUCAAGAAGUUUAUCUCUAAAGCACCCCAAAUCCCCAGCAUAGAGCAAAAAUCCAGGAUAACAUCAACACAGAUUUGUAAAGCAAGUUAAAUAUAACAUUAUAAUCGGUAAAUAUACAUAAGAUUCAAGUAAAUAUACAAACAAAACCCAACCAAAGAGAAAUACACAAAGAAGAAGAGAAAUGAACCGAAAAUCUCCCGGUUUGUCAGCUCCGUUGGACGCUCAAUCCACCCCCGAUCAUCCUUAUGCAACCUCCGAAGUUGUUUUCUAAGCUAAUUUUGAUCUAAGAAUGAAGUUGAUGGUGUUGGGACUCAAAAAUACCCAACCCAUAACCUAAAAAUGUGAUUUUGGCCCCUUUUAACGAGCUGCUGUCUUAGCAGGUCCGCUUAGCGGACCCCCUCCGCUCAGCGGACUCAAAAUUGCUUCCAGACGCUGAUUUGCUCCGCUGGAGCUCCGCUCAGCGGACCCCCUCCGCUUAGCGGAGUCUGCUAAAAAUCAGAUUUUGUUUUCGCCAUAACUCGAGAACCGUAACUCCGAAUUGCGCCCGGUUCGAAGCGUUGGAAAGCUUAUUCAAUGCUCUAUCCAAUAAUUAAUGAAUGGAAACCAAAAUGAUGAUUUUGGUCAUCCUUAUUUUGAGUCUUUGGAAGUCCGCUUGACGGUGGCUAAGCGGGCUUUCACCAAAAUUGCAAAAUCGAAGCCGUGCCUUUGACACUUUAUUCCUCAAGGCUCCAAUAAGCAUGAAUACCUAUAAAAACAAAGGAAAAACUAUCAAAUGGUAUAAAAGUACAUGAAAAUACAAUUAUUCACAAAGUAUACGUAUUUAUACACAAAACGGGAAAUUAUUCAAGCGGUGUUAACAAAAGUAUCGAUAAGUGCCACUAUUUACAUACACAAAAUAAGUACA